AUGGCGUUGCACCGACCUCGACGACGAUCCGCACAUGACCCCAUCAAUCCAUCGCUAUUCUCACUCCUCGUGCUCUCGCCUUUGUCCGUCCCAUUCGUGAUCAUCUCACAGUUUCGCACACAACAAGUGAGUGCUUCACCCUCCGCAUCACACCAUACAGAUCCCAUCAAGCUCAUCCCGCACCUGCCCUUUCGCAUCCUCGCCCUCGCCCCCACGCUUGAUCUCUCCCCUCUCCAGCGUUCUCCACCGCAACCAUUUCCGAAAGGACUGGCAAUCGCGCGUAAAGACGUGGUUCGACCAACCGGGCAGGAAGCACUCGCGACGAGCCGCACGACAGGCCAAGGCCGUCAAGGCUGGUCUCAGGUAAGCAUGCACACGCUUUAAAAAAGGGGGAGGGGAUUGCAGUCACCGACCUCUUUCGAUCCCACUUCGUUCAGGCCCGUUGAACUUCUCCGCCCCGCCGUCCGAUGCCCCACGAAGCGCUACAACACCAAGCUGCGUUCCGGCCGAGGCUUCACCGCCGCCGAACUCAAGGCCGCCGGCAUUCGUCGCAAGGAGGCCCUCUCGAUCGGCGUCCCCGUCGACCACCGCCGCCGCAACCGAUCCGAGGAGAGCUUGAAGAUUAACAAGGAGCGCCUCGAGGCGUACAAGCAGCGCUUGGUCGUGUUCCCCAAGAAGGCGGGCAAGGUCAAGAGGGGUGAUACCGAGGUGCGUCUCAUGCGACAGCGCUCGAGGCGGCGGGUGGAUGCACAGAUACAGAGAUCCAGGAGUGUCAGAGCCGAAGGAUAACGUGAAAACUGACUUGGUUACUUUCGCUGGUCAUUUAGGGCGCCGACAAGUCCGUCGAGGGCCUCAAGACGCUCGCCGCCACUUUCCCCCUCCCGGCCGGCCACAAGCAGGAAGGUCCCCGAGCGAUCACCUCGGAAGAACUCGCCAACAAGGGCACCGCCUACACCGCCUUGCGCAAGGCGCGCUCGGACCAACGUUACGCAGGCAUCCGCGCCGAGAGGCAGAAGAAGAAGGAGGAGGAGGAGGCCGCCAAGAAGAAGUAA